CUUCCUGCCAUGGACGCUAAACAGGAUCCCUACACCUGGGAAGGUGUAACUGGAUGGCGACAAUAUCGAAUGUUAAGACCGGGUCGUGGCAUGUACUACGAUGUCAAAAGACGAUUGCCAUAUUACUGGAGCGAUAUCAGAGACGCUGUCACCUAUAGAACGUUUGCCGCCACAGUUCGCAUGUAUUUUGUCAAAAUCAAGAACAUAAGAAGGAAAGCGCUAGCAUUCUUACUAGACAUGGAACGUCACACUGAUGGCUUUUUUGGUGUGAACGAGGCAUUGUUCUCUUCCGCUCUUGCCGCGAUUGUGUUCAGUACUUUGGCUGCUCAACCACUGACCAUUGUCGGCAUCACUGGUCUGAUCUCUCUAUUCAACUACACCAUCUAUGAUAUCGCGGUAAAACAGGGUAUUCGCGAUCUUUAUCCGGAGUUCCUGGCAUGGGUCUCUAUCUGGGCUGCUAUCACACAUUGGAUCGCAUCGUUUGGAAACCUUUGUGACUACAUGCGAUUCAUCACCGACUUCUCAAGUAAUGCUUUCGGCAUGUAUNUCAAGGGUGUGCAAGAACUCAUCGCUCAAUUUACUGAGAGCACACACGAGGCCGGCUUCUUGAGCGUUGUUGUUGCACUAUGCUAUUGGGCUACAGUGUAUGCACUGGAGAUGCUUCCUCACACCGUGGUCUUCAGCCCGGUCACCCGCAAACUGCUGUCCGAUUAUGCGUAUCCGGCAGAUGUGCUCACGUUACCUCGAACCAGAGCCUUCUAUCCCUCUGUGGACCGCAGCUGGUUGAUUCAUUUCUGGGACCUGCCUGUCAAAUGGGUCUUCGUCGCUUUGCCCAUUGGUAUACUCGUAACCUUGUUGUUCUACUAUGACCACAACGUCAGCAGUAUCGGCGCUCAAGCAAGACAAUACCCCCUCAAGAAGCCCGCAGGAUUCCACUGGGACUUUGCCCUCCUCGGAGCCACAUGUUUCAUCGCUGGCAUCGUCGGCAUUCCUCUCCCCAACGGGUUAGUCCCUCAAGCUCCUGUACACACAGACUCCUUGACCGAGUACAAAGAUAAACUCGUCGUCAGCCAUGAAACCGAGCAUGACCACGGUCGACCUAUGGAACGCAGAAAGAAGGUCUUCGAAGCCGAGAUGGUGGUCGAGCAACGCGUCAACCAUUUCCUCAUGGGCCUCGCCAUCGUAGGCACAAUGACCGGCCCCCUACUCAUCGUUCUGUCAACAAUGCCUCGUUGUCUUUUCUGUGGUGUCUUCUUCGUCGUCGGCUGGGGCUCUAUCGAAGGGAACGGCAUGACACAAAAAGUCAUCUUCCUCAUCAAAGAACACCGCUUCAUCGAUCCAUCCGAACCACUCUUGCAGGUUCCGAGAAAGAAGAUUAUGCUUUUCCUCCUCUUCCAGAUCCUAGGAGUCGGCUUCAGUGUCGCUAUCUCGCAGACUAUCGGCGCUAUUGGGUUUCCUGUCAUCAUUCUAUCGCUCAUCCCUCUGCGUUGGUCGGUCAUGCCACACUUGUUCGCUCGCAGAGAACUCGAGAUCAUGGACGCACUCACUGCAGACUCUGAUGUUGUGCUGUGCAGUCUAGGCGGCAAACCCGUCAUGCCCGAAGUCGCGCUGGAGCGAAAGAAACGAGGUUUCACUGCAGAGGAAGAGGGAGAUAGCGCACACAUGAGUGACAAGGAGAAAGAAAAUUCCACCUCGGGAGAAGAGAGUCCUGAGACGAGAAGAAUGCUGGACUUGGAGCAAUCUGGUCGCGGAAAUGGGCCGUACACUGCUGGUAAACAUGAUUAG